AUGGAGGACCCGUGGCUUUCUAUCAAUGACAGAACUAUGGACCUAGUUUAUGCUGCCAACUGGGUUGGAGCGAACAAUUUAAACAGUUAUAAAGAGGACGAUGAACAGUCAAACAGCUCCAAAUUCAAUUCAAUAUCUAGAAGCAAAUCUUGCCGUGACGUAGGACGUAGUGUAGAUAAAGAAGAGAAUAACAAUACCUAUUUACAAGCAAGUCAAAGUUACAAGUAUAAUCACAAUGGUGGCAAUGAAAAUAUUUCUCAGUUGGCUAAAUAUCAACAAGAUAUUGAGGAAAAGGCACGAUCGAACCAAAAUUUUUUGAUGCAAAAUAAAUUAAAACAUAGUUACAGCUUCAAAGAUAUGCCAAAUGGAUACAAACCGUCAACAUUACGAAGAGUAAAAAGAAGGAACUUCACUGAAUGGGAUAUUGAAGCUUUUGGUACUAAUGACCGACAUCCACCUCCUGUUCCACCUCAAAGAAAGGAGUCUUUGAAAUAUGCACAUCGCCAAAGAAAAGUCGAUUCCAAAAAAAAUUGUUAUCCCCUUCCUGAUCCUGGCCCGGUACCACCCGACCCAUCUUCAGAAUCAUAUUACGAAUAUUAUGCAAGAGUCAGUCAACAAAACAAUGAUACUGAUAGUGAUAAGAUUAAACUAAUGCAGAAGAAUCCCAAAAAAGAAAGAAAUGUCUUAAACGGUGAUAUGAAAUCUAAUGGUACAGUUCGUGGAUAUGGAAAUGAUACAAUGUACCAAAUAAUUAAUUCAAUGGCAACAUUAGAUUUAACACCAAUCAAAUCUAGAACAGGAAAUAAGAACCUCGACAUGGAUAGUGACGCGGAAGAUCUAGGUUUAUAUAUGCAUCCUAUUAAUGAAUCUUUAUCAACAUGCGAACCACUUCCUCAACACACAACGCAACCUGACAAUGAACGGAACGGACGUACAGACAGCAUUAGACCAAGUUUUCGGUCAAAAUCUUUAAGAGUAAAAAGCGAAGGAAGGGCGCCUCUACGGGCUUAUCUUGAUACAACAGACCAUGAAAUUAAUGCAUACAGUGGUGUUACUGUUACACAACCGAAGCGAAAUCUCUCUCCAAGUGAACAGCUAUCUUUAAUGCAACGCGGAAUGUUUCGAGGAAGCCACCCUCCGCCUGUUCCUGUAACUGGGAAUGGAUUUAAAUCAAUCGACUUAGGAAAAGAAAGUGAUUAUCGGACUACAAACGGUGCUAGACAUAUUAAACCGGACAAAUACGGGAAGUUAUAUAACACAGUGAGAGUGAAAAGUGAAGAUCGAUAUGACAGGUACAAUGAUAUUUUGUCGUUUAAUUCGGCUAGAGAUCGUAUUAGUGAGGAACGUGUGAUAAAUAACAAUAGUGUAUACUCGCGAAGUGCUAAAAGUUCAUCUAGUGGCUCAGAUUCUGACUUUUCAAUUCCUCGACCGAAACUUAUUGUUCCUGUUCAUACAUAUGGAACUCGGAAACGAAGGACCGGAAACCUUUGUCAACGAGAUAGUACCGCAACUGAAUCGUCCCUAGAUGCUGGUAUAUUACUCGACGUAACCCGAUUGGAAGAUAAUAAUUCAUUUGACCAAAAUGACAGUCGGAAUGAGGAUUCAGAGGGAAGAGUGGAGGUUUCACGGGAGAACAAGUACCUCAGUACGAUGGCACCCGGCAAGGUGUUCGGUGAACUGGCCAUUCUGUACAACUGCAAGAGAACUGCCACCAUCAAAGCCGCCACCGACUGCCGGCUGUGGGCCAUCGAGCGACAAUGCUUCCAGACCAUCAUGAUGAGGACUGGCCUUAUCCGACAGGCUGAAUACACAGAUUUCCUUAAGAGCGUACCGAUCUUCAAGGAUCUCCCAGAAGACACCCUCAUAAAGAUCUCUGAUGUUUUAGAGGAAACACAUUACCAGAACGGUGACUACAUCAUACGACAAGGUGCUAGAGGAGAUACAUUCUUUAUCAUCUCAAAGGGACAGGUCAAAGUAACGCAGAAACAGCCUAACAGCAACGAUGAGAAGUUUCUUAGGACUCUCACCAAAGGCGACUUCUUCGGCGAGAAAGCAUUACAAGGAGAUGAUCUGCGAACGGCGAACAUUGUCUGUGACUCACCAGAUGGCACCACUUGUCUGGUCAUCGACCGGGAGACUUUUAACCAACUGAUUUCUACCCUCGAUGAGAUUCGCACUAAAUAUAAGGAUGAAGGCGAUGAUAGACAAAGACUCAACGAAGAAUUCGCCAAUUUGCGUCUGUCAGAUUUGCGCAUCAUCGCCACAUUAGGUAUAGGAGGAUUUGGUCGAGUAGAAUUAGUGCAAAUUCAAGGGGAUGCCAGCAGAUCCUUCGCUUUGAAACAGAUGAAGAAGGCCCAGAUCGUUGAAACCAGACAACAACAGCACAUCAUGUCAGAAAAAGAGAUAAUGUCCGAAAUGAAUUGCGAAUUCAUUGUGAAGUUAUACAAAACGUUUAAAGAUCGUAAAUACUUGUACAUGCUGAUGGAAACUUGUCUCGGUGGAGAGUUGUGGACUAUUCUGAGAGAUAGAGGACAAUUUGAUGACUCCACAACGAGAUUCUAUACUGCAUGCGUUGUAGAAGCCUUCCACUAUUUACAUUCUAGGAAUAUUAUAUACAGGGAUCUCAAACCAGAGAAUCUUCUACUGGACUCCAAGGGCUAUGUGAAGUUAGUGGACUUCGGGUUCUCUAAGAAGCUGCAAGCCAGCAGGAAGACGUGGACGUUCUGUGGCACGCCGGAGUACGUCGCGCCUGAGGUCAUCAUGAAUAGGGGGCACGAUAUUAGCGCUGAUUAUUGGUCUCUAGGUGUACUAAUGUUCGAACUACUGACCGGGUCCCCGCCGUUCACGGGAGCGGAUCCUAUGAAGACGUAUAACAAAAUCCUCAAAGGUAUAGACGCGGUAGAGUUCCCCCGCAGCAUCACACGCAAUGCUGCCAACCUCAUCAAGAAACUGUGCAGAGACAACCCUGCUGAGCGACUUGGAUACCAGCGAGGGGGGAUCACCGAGAUACAGAAGCAUAAAUGGUUCGACGGCUUCAAUUGGGAAGGCUUGGCGCAACGCACGCUAGACCCUCCCAUCACACCUGUUGUCAAGUCCGCAGUGGACACUCACAACUUUGACCAAUAUCCCCCCGACGCAGACGAACCACCCCCAGAUGACCUAUCUGGGUGGGAUGCUACCUUC